AUGCUGUGCCUUUUCGUCGGCCCCGUCGGCCUCGACAACGGCGUCGGCCUGCGUCCGGCGAUGGGCUACAACACGUGGAACGAUCUCCGGUGUGAGGGAGUCACCGCCGACGCCAUCGAUGCGAUCGCGGUGGCGAUGGUCGAGCUGGGGCUGGCAAAGCUGGGCUACGCGUAUCUCAACGUCGACGACUGCUGGGCGACGGCCACCGACCCGAGCGGCGAGCUCGUCGCCGACCCGGCCGCCUUUCCAGACGGGCUUCCGGCCCUCGUCGAGUCGGUGCACGCGCGCGGGCUGCGGUUUGGGCUGUAUGGCGACCGUGGGUGGAAGACCUGCGCCUUCCGGCCUGGAUCGGGCGGGCUCGAGCCGGCGCACGCGGCGCAGUUUGCCCGCUGGGGCGUCGACUACCUCAAGUACGACUCGUGCUGGGCCUCGAACGACCACGAUGCGGCCUUUGAGCAGUACGGCGCGAUGCGGGACGCGCUCAACGCGAGCGGACGGCCGGUGCUCUACUCGCUCUGCGGCUGGAAUGCGUGGUACGCGCCGCGCGGCGCCGAGCUCGCAAACAGCUGGCGCAUCGCCGCCGACUGCGACGAGUGGGCCAACGUGUACGUGGCUCACGCGGCGCCGGGCGGCUUCAACGACCCUGACAUGCUCCUCGGCUCAGACCCGACCGCGCCGGCGCACCUGACGCCGCGGCAAGUGCAGGCGCAGUUCUCGCUGCAAGGCGAGGUGGUCUGGUCGAACUGCCCGCCGUACGCGCCGCGCGACAACUGGUGGAACUCGCCCUGGUCGAUGCCGCGCGAGGUUGCCGUCGCCUGGACGUCGGCGCGCCUCAUGCUCGUCUUCGCCGCCUGCUGCACCGGCUACGUGUGGGCCCGCCCGCUCGAGGACGGGUCGCACGCCCUCUGCUUCGUCAACUUUGCUCCGCACGCGGCGGUCGUCGGCUGCGACAGCGCUUGCAUGGCCCGCGCCGGCAUCCGCAGCCCCGUGACAGUGCGUGACGCAGUGCGCCAGCGGGCCACCGACUUCGGCCAGGUGCGGCAGGUCGACGCGGUGCAUCUCCCAGCCGACGGUGGCUCGGAGCUGUACCGGCUGACGCCGCUUUCUGUGUGA